AUGCACAUGGUUGACCCAGCAACAACCUUUGCCACACAGAUGUGGCCACCUUUCAACCAGAUGAUGACAGCACAAGAGGCCAAGGUGAAGGAUCAUGCAUGGUAUUGCCUUUGUCACCAGCCUAAGUCUCACCCAUAUUACAAGGUCAUGGAGGAGCUUACCAGGCCUUUGUCAAGGGCCAAGCACCAGGCACAGCUGGUGGAUAAGGGGAAGGGGAAAGAGUUGGGUACAGAUGAGGCUCAAAGGAUUUGGCUUCUGGACACUAUGGCUAGGACCACUGGAGUUGCAACACAGAAGCUGGGAAAUGAGGAGGAUCAGAACAGGGAGAAGGCACAGGGCUGUAGCCAGUCAAGAUGUGGCCAGCCAGUGGCCAAGCCUGUCAAUGCCAGUGAUCAGACCAGUAGAGGCUGGAGCUGGUCAAGGAGACCAACAAAGAAGGCAAAACCAGCAGUCAACAAGGAUGUGCAGGACUGGCAAGACAUCAACAACCCUCCUGAGUCCUGGGAGGUAGUGCUGGAAGCUGAGUGUGCUAGCUGGCAGGGCAUGCUGGAAAUGCCACUGUACCAAAUACUCAUGCAGCUUGUUCAAGGGGAGGGGAGACAAGUUCAAGAUGCAGCAAAAAGCCUCCCAUUCAAGGCCUCGCUGGCAACAAUCCCCAGAAGACACAGCCAGCCUUCCCACCACUUCAAUGCUGGCUGUGCCAGCUCCAUUGACCAGUUGACAAGCCAAACAUCAAAGGGCACCAAGCUGAAAUCAAUCCACUGGUCCAUCCAAAGUAACAAGCCAUCAUUUGUCUCCUGGCCCAUGGACUGGCCACCCCAAAGCAUUGCAACAGACCCACCCAUCACUCCAGUGCCAAUUACUACAACUGGUGCCAAUGAUCCAUGCCAUUGUGAUGAGUAUCAGGAAGAGGUUACUGUCCUCAAGCAGGAGAAUGCUGACAUGAGGUGGGAGAUAGAAGUAACCCAUACUGAGCUUGCUGCUCUCCAUCAGGUGGUAGAUGCUUUCUGUAAUCACCUAUUCCUGGCCCUAGAUGUGCUUAACCAUCCUCUGGUCCCAUUUCACACUACUUCCAACCCUACACUGGUACCUCACAUGCCAGUCAUGGUGGAACUUGGCACUGCAACCAGUGUUGUAGAGGUUCAAUCAUCCCAAAGCAGCUCAAGACAGGAGUCCACUGAACCCCCCCCCAAGCUUCAUUUGAGGGAGGUGCUGGCUUGGAAGUACCUCCUUCAAAUGUUGAACCUGUGCAUGGACCUGCUGGAGGUCUGGCAAUCUCUAUUACUCCACCACCACCAGCAGUCAGAUGCAGCAAUAUAUUCUAUAUUGUCAAAAUGUGAUCUCCAGGAAGAAGUAGCUACUGCUGCUGGUAGUUGUUACUGUAUGAUUCAGAUACUGGAAAACCAAUCUGGUAUGGUGAUCAUGAUGGUGACUCUCAUGUCUUCUGGUCAUUACCAGAGCCACCAUUGUGGUAAUACAUGCAUCUCCAGCAUGGUACUGGUACCAGUACAUGCAUACACUGUGGACCUGCUCCUGGGAGGUCAGGCAGGUCAGGCAUGGCAUGGUAUAAUUUCUGGGCAGGCCUCCAUGGCAUUGGCACCAGGAUGGCAUUCAUGGCAUUGGUGCUGGGACAGCUUGACUGAUGGCCUCACAGCAUUGGGGAUGUGCCAGAACAUAUGGCAUAGGUGCCAGGAUGGCUUCCAUGGCAUUAGUCCUGGGUUGGUGUUGGCCUGGCUCACAUUGCAUUGGUGCUGGGACACCUUGAAUGGCAUUGGUAUUGGGUCUGCCCAUGUGGAAUUCAAUGCCAGGACAGCCAGCAUGGCAUUGCUCACAUGGCAUUCAUCCCAGGAUGGCCUGCAUGGCAUUGGUGAUGGGCUGGCCCACAUGGCAGUGUUGCCAGGAUGGCUAGCAUGGCAUUGGUGUUGGGCUGGCUUGCAUGACAGUGUUGCCAGGGGUGAACUCAGGGGCUGA